AUGAACAACAACUGGCUUUCUUUCCCCCUUUCUCCUACUCAUUCUUCUUUACCAGCUCAUGAUAUCCAAGCAAUUCCAUAUCAUCAAUUUUCUCUUGGGUUAGUGAACGAGAACAUCGAAAACCCUUUCCAAAAUCAUGAUUGGAAUCUGAUUAAUACUCCCAGCAACAACGAAGUUCCAAAGGUUGCAGAUUUUCUUGGUGUGAGCAAGUCUGAAAAUCAGUCAGAUCUUGCUGCCUUGAAUGAAAUUCAGUCAAAAGAUUCAGAUUAUCUUUUCACAAAUAGCAGUCUCGUGCCAAUGCAAAACCUAAUGGUAGCCACAUCUAGCAAUAAGUAUCAAGAAAAUGCUAAUAGUACUUUGCAAUCGUUAAAAUUAUCCGUGGGAAGUGGUAAGGAUUCAACAUGUGAAACUAGCGCUGACAAUAGUACAAACAUUGUUGAAGGUGUGCCUAAAAGAGCUUUGGAUACCUUAGGGCAGAGAACAUCAAUAUAUCGUGGUGUAACAAGACAUAGAUGGACCGGAAGGUAUGAAGCUCACCUUUGGGAUAAUAGUUGUAGAAGGGAAGGACAAUCAAGAAAAGGUCGCCAAGUCUACUUAGGUGGAUAUGAUAAAGAAGAUAAAGCAGCUAGGGCUUUUGAUUUAGCUGCACUGAAGUUCUGGGGUACAUCCACCACUACCAACUUUCCAAUCAGCAACUAUGAGAAAGAAUUGGAUGAAAUGAAGCACAUGACCAGACAAGAAUUUGUGGCCGCCAUUAGAAGGAAAAGCAGUGGUUUCUCGAGGGGUGCAUCAAUGUAUCGUGGAGUUACAAGGCAUCACCAACACGGAAGAUGGCAAGCAAGGAUUGGUAGAGUCGCAGGAAACAAAGACCUCUACUUGGGAACUUUCAGUACUGAGGAAGAGGCUGCAGAAGCUUACGACAUAGCUGCGAUAAAAUUCAGAGGUCUUAACGCUGUCACUAACUUUGACAUGAAUCGUUACGAUGUGAAAGCCAUUCUUGAAAGCAACACUCUCCCAAUAGGAGGAGGAGCUGCUAAACGACUAAAGGAAGCUCAAGCUCUUGAGUCUUCGAGGAAGCGUGAAGAGAUGAAUAUUGCACUUGGAUCAAGCUUUCAAUAUGGAACCUCAAGCACAAGGCAACAAGUACAAGCUUACCCUAUAAUAAUGCAUCAUCAGUUUGAACAAUCUCAACCUUUGCUAAAUUUACAAAACCAUGAUAUCUCUCAGUGCUCUCAAGACCCUUAUAUACAAACACAACUUCAGUUGCACCAGCAGAGUGAUUCUUCUAAUUACGUUCACCAGUCAGCUCAGAAUAAUGCUCAGUUCUAUAACAGUUACUUUCAGAACCACCAAGUUUUGCUUCCGGGAAUGAUGAACAUGGGGUCUUCUUCUUCAUCAUCUGUGAUGGAGAAUAACAAUGUUGGUGGCGGGUCUAGUGGGAGUUAUAGUGGAGGGUUUAUGGGGAAUAAUGGGUUUGGGAUUGCUUUGAAUUCCUCAUCGGGUAACACAGUGGGAUCAGCGGAGGAACUUGGGUUGUUUAAGGUUGAUUAUGACAUGCCUUCCGGUGGUUAUGGUGGCUGGUCGGCGGCGGAGUCCAUGCAGACGUCAAAUGCUGGCGUGUUUACUAUGUGGAAUGACUGA